GCCGUGCGUCGCUUGUUGAAUGCAGAAUCCCGUCUGCCUGAGCGUCAACUCCAAGUUCAGCUUUGGACCUUCGGGGGAGCACCGAGGACUUCAGUUUCGCACCUCCGAUAUGAAGUCUGCAGAGGAAGAAGCAUACAGCUACACACCAAAUGUCAGCCUGUCCCUUCCACUGGGCAUGGGAAACCCCUGUCUGGCCACGCAAUACCACACCUUGCAGUCCAGCCCGGUAAUCUCGGUCUCCUCAUGCCACCAGGCGGGCUACGGCCUCCAAAAUGACAACAUAGCAGCCUCGGGCUAUUACCUGCCCCAAGGCUUGAGACCCAAUGGGGCUCCAGCCCUGGAGAGCCCCCGCAUCGAGAUCACUGCCUACAGCCCGUUCCCUGAGGAGGAGGUGGAAGAGAGCAACGUGGACCAUAUCACCAAACGAGGGGUGAACUCCAUCGUCACGCUGACACUCCCCAACGCUGAUGGUUACCGUGACCCCAGCUGCCUCAGCCCCGCCAGCAGCAUUUCCUCACGCAGCUGCAACUCUGAGGCAUCCUCCUACGAGUCUGGCUUCUACAACUACGACAACUCCCCCCAGAAUUCCCCCUGGCAGUCUCCCUGUGUCUCCCCGAAAGGCUCUUCCUCACUCCUGUCCUGCCCACAUGCCGGUGGCCCUGUUGUAUCCCCGCAGCACUCCCCAUCCACCUCCCCCCAGAUAGGGGCAGUGGCUGAGGAAAGCUGGGCUUGUCAACCUCGCGGCUCCAGGUCCAGCUCCCCGUCUUGCAGCGGAGGUGGUGGUAGUGUCGGAUGCGUCGGCGGCAGCACAGGGAAGAGAAAGUACAGUUUCAACGGCGCCCCCUACCGUCAGAUAUCCUGCUCCCCCAACCAGUCCCCUAUCCCCUCCCCGCACGGCUCCCCCAGAGUCAGUGUCACAGAUGAAAACUGGCUGGCCAACACCAACCAAUACACCAACUCUGCCAUUGUGGCAGCCAUCAACGCCCUUACCACAGAUGGAGGGGUAGACUUAGGGGAGGGUAUACCAGUCAAGGCCCGUAAGACCGCGCUGGACCCCAGUCCCACUAUGAGUUUGAAGCUCGAGCCUAGCGGAGAGGAGCUGGAUCCCGGCGGUGAGCUCUGCCAUGAGGACUACGCCUCCCGCCUAGCCUUCAAAAAGGAGAACUACUGUGGUAGUUUCCUGGAUGUGCCCCAGCAUCCUUACACUUGGUCAAAGCCCAAGCCUUACCUCAGCCCAUCUCUGCCAGCCCUCGACUGGCAGCUGCCGUCCUGCUCUGGCCCCUACAGCCUGCAGAUCGAGGUGCAGCCCAAGUCCCACCACAGGGCCCAUUAUGAAACCGAGGGCAGCCGCGGUGCAGUGAAGGCUUUGUCUGGAGGCCACCCUGUAGUGCAGCUUUACGGCUACAUGGAGAGCGAGCCCCUCACCCUACAGCUGUUCAUAGGGACUGCAGAUGACCGCCUCUUGCGACCGCAUGCCUUCUAUCAAGUCCACCGCAUCACUGGCAAGACUGUCUCGACUGCCAGCCAUGAGGUCAUGCAAUCCAACACCAAAAUUUUGGAGAUUCCCCUGCUGCCUGAAAACAACAUGAGAGCCAUAAUUGACUGUGCAGGGAUUCUGAAGCUGCGCAACUCGGACAUCGAGCUACGCAAGGGGGAAACGGACAUCGGCCGUAAGAACACGCGUGUGAGGAUGGUGUUUCGUGUUCACAUCAACCAGCCCAAUGGCAGGACGUUAUCCUUGCAGACAUCCUCCAACCCUAUUGAGUGCUCCCAGCGCUCAGCACAGGAGCUGCCUUUGGUGGAAAAGCAAGGUUUAGACAGCUACCCUGCCACGGGAGGCAAGAAGAUGCUCCUAAACGGCCUCAACUUCCUCCUUGAUUCCAAAGUGGUGUUCGUGGAGAAGGCCCAGGAUGGACAUCACAUGUGGGAGACCGAAGCCAAAGUCGACAAGGACUCCAUCAAAUCUAAUGCACUUGUUGUGGAGAUUCCUCCCUACCGGAACCAGAGGAUAUCCAGCCCGGUGCAGGUCAGCUUCUACGUCUGCAACGGCAAAAGAAAAAGAAGCCAGUACCAGCGCUUCACCUACCUGCCUCCUAAUGUGCCGAUAAUAAAGACAGAGCCCAGUGAUGAGUAUGACUCUCUGGGGACCCCUGGGCAGCACAUGCACUCAACGCCAUACUACAGCCAGCCCAGACUUGCACCCAUCAUGACGGUUGGGGAUACCAGUGCCUGCCUGGUUGGGAAUUACGCAUCGUGCCCACCUUGCCAUGCCGCCAUGUCCAACCCCUCCCCGAGUUCCAGUCCCACACUGCGCGACCUGUCACCCGUGUCUGCAUAUAGCAAAUGCCUCUCCAGCAGCCCCACAAAUGUGACGCCGGCGUCUAUCAUCCAGGAGACCCCCGCUCGUCUUAACUUGAACCACCCUUCUUCCCCCGACCACAGCUCCUCCCUGGGAGUGCUGCAUUCCCAAGGCAGCCCUGUCCAACUUAACAGCCCGGGACCCCACAGUUAUCACACAGUCUAUGCCAACAGCAGCCCCUCUUCCUCCUCAGGGUCCCAGCCCUCCACUCCGGGUGGUGGGACAGCAGAGAGUCCAUUUGUCCAGGCCUACAGCCCUGGUCAGGCUCCAAUAGCAGCCGGAUCAGCUCAGGCCAGAGGGAGCUCAGCCCACCUCCUCCCGAAGGAUGCCAGCUCCCCUUCCCUGGGCAUCACCGUCAAACAGGAGCCCCAGGAGCUGGACCAGAUUUACCUAGACGAUGGUGAGUAA